AUGGAUAAUAGGAAUACGAUUGUAUAUGUGAAAAUGAAGGGCCCUAGACCGCCGGGGUUUGAAGACCGCCCGCCAUUCGAAUGGAACUCGGACAAGGAUGCCCAACUUUGGGCGUUUAUUUCAAAGCUGGAGAACUCAUUGGAGCAAAUAAAUUGGGAAGGGUUGUCCACGGCAUUGAACACUCCGAUAUACUUUCUACGGCGAAGAAGUUACAAACUAUUUGCGAUACACAUGGAGUUUUUACAAAGGCAGUUCCACGACAAGAGGACGAGUUCUGUUACUGAACAACCUGCCAAAAAUAAACCACAACAGCAAAUUACAACACACGAGGGUAAUGAUAGCGACAUAACUGAACCACUAAAACAAUCACAUAAACAAAUGUCAUUCCACAAGGCAGCAACUCCAGGCAGCCCAUUCAAUGGGUCUAAGUUGGGAUCAGCAAUCAAUUCGAGCAUGGAUUUGACUGCGAGUGAACACACCUUGAGCUCCAAAGAAAGUACAGAAAAUUCAACAACGGAAGCCACACGGCAGCUACAUACCUCUAGAAUAUUAAAAUAUAGAAAGGAUUCACGAGGUUCUCAUCGUUCUGCAUCCAGAGGAACACCCAACGGCAACGUGGAAGGUGACAGUGACAGUGACCUAUCAUCAAGUCUUAGUGUGAGUAAAUCUGCGUUGGAGGAGGCGUUAAUGGAUCGUCUUCAUUUCUAG